AUGUCGCCUGAUCCAGAGAAAACGAAAAAGGCACCCCGUAAACAUGUCACCACCGCCUGUGUGCCAUGUCGGGAGAGCAAAAUCAGGUGUGAUGGAGCUACUCCGCACUGCCAGAAUUGUCAGCGCAAGGGGAAAGAAUGCAAAUACCAACAUGGAGAUGACAAGCGCAAAGUGUCUCUUCGAGCAUCAACGGAGCUGUUCUCUGCCCGAAUUGACCAACUUUGUCAUUUCAUCCAGGAGCAGGGGCUGGAGCCACCGCCAAUGAAUCCAGAGGAUGAGGCUGGCAUGAACAGGGUUUUAGAUACCCUCCAGAUCCCGCGUGGAUUCCCUCAAGUCUCAGCAGUGGCCGAUGAAAAGCGACCAUCGGUUGAGCCAACAGCCUCGGGGGGCUCGAGCAAAUCUCCCUCCCAAGAUCCGCCUACUGUAAAUCCCAAGGGACAAUCCCCGAGUACCAAUUUGGUUGCUUCUGGGGCAUCCCCAGCGCAAGAUACUGCGUCUAGUGGAAAAGGCCCGUCACCUGAGGGCUGGAAUCCCUUUGGAAUGGUACCAGGCGCUUCCGACAAUCAAAACUUUGUGCAUUGGGGCUUCACUUUGCCAACAGCUGAAAGUCUGGACACGAUUUACGCCAAUCUCAACGGAGGGCCGAGGGCCCCUGCAAUGCCUAGAAUGCCCGUCAACACCGAAUUGAGCCCGGACAGCUACCAGCUUGGCAUGGACAUGGCCCAACUGCCGGGGGUUUUGCUAGGCCAGCUACCCUAUGACGGAGAAAAUGACUCGGACAGCGGCGAAGAGGACGAGGCUGAAAAUGACGUUAUUGAGCAAUUGUCGCACCGAAUUGGCACUUUGAAAAUUGCGGGUGAUGGGCAUCUGCGAUUCUACGGUGCUACGUCCAACCUCAAUUUGGUGGACGUGUCUGCGACACAGCAGCGGCAGCGACCAGACGCGCGGACUGUGCGCCACGAUGGUCAGGAUAUUCUGAAUCACCUCCGGGUUGGUCAACCUGUUGAUCAAGCCCUGGAGGAUCAUCUUGUGGAGCUAUACUUCACCUGGCAAAACCCCAGUACAUACAUUGUCGACAAAGAGAUGUUCAUGACGGCGCGAACUAAAUGGCGCAACGAAUUGGAUGAUACUCCAUUCUAUUCGGAGGUUUUAACUAACGCAAUGUGUGCGAUCGGGAGUGCCUUUGAGGCGCGCUAUCACCCCACUUUCAUCACUUUCCCCAAGUCUCUCUCUGAAUUCUUCGCAGACCGUGCUAAGGCCCUUCUCGAAAUUGAACUCGAUUCUCCUUGUGUUGCUACUGUUCAGGCCCUCGUCAUUAUGAGCUCCCACGAAGGCGCAUCAAAUCGCGAUGCUCGAGGUUGGCUGUAUAGCGGAAUGUCUAUGCGGCUUGCUUUCGAUCUUGGUUUACACUUAGAUAUGACGGCGUACGUCAACAAGGGCGAAAUCACCCAGUUCGAGGCUGAUGUACGCCGUGCCACUUUUUGGGGAAGCUAUGUCGCAGAUCAUUUCUGGGGCUUCUACUUGGGUCGCCCAUUCCGCAUGAACGCUGGAGACAUAGGUGUUCCAAAACCUGGCUCUGCUCUUUGUCCUGAAAGGGAAGAAAACUGGCAUCCAUACGGCCAUCAAGCUGCUCAUGUGCUAUCUCAGAACGGCCUGAGGAAUCCCAUGGAGCUAAUAUGCAGGCAAUUUGUUGUUCUAUGGGAGAUGAUCUCCCCAGUUGGUCAUAUUUUGUAUGGAUGUUCCGACAUCUCUCGGCACGACUUGCAAAGAAUCUGCUAUCAAGUGACGGAAGAUUUGUUCGCCUGGAAAGCAAAUCUUCCUUCUAGCCUUCAGAUUGAUCUGAAUGAUGAUACAUCGCCAAUAUUGCCUCAUUUGAUGAUGCUCCACAUGCAAUACCACCAGAUCAUCAUUUUCUUCCACCGCCCAUGGCUCUCGAAAAGCUAUAUUCAGCCCCGUAGCCCUCGUCAAGGGCCCGGGUAUCACCACGCACGGCGCAUGUGCGUGGAGUCAGCCACCGCCAUCGCACGACUACUCCAACUCUUCGAGAAGCACUACACCUUCCGCCGCAUGAACAACCAAGUGGUAGCGAUAAUCUUCAGUGCAGCGCUCAUGCUUCUUUUCGUAACAGUAUCGAGCUCCCCAAUGAGUCCGGGAAAACAGGGUGACAGCCCGACACACCCCCGGAGCACGGAAAUGGUAGCAUAUCUCAAUCUGUGCUUCCGCGCUCUUGAUGAACUGGGCCAAUCAUUCGACAAUGCCAAGCGCACCCGCGACUACCUUGUUACCCUCCAACGACGUUGGCAAGCAAACAUGCGCCGACCCGGCUCCGCGACGAAACGCCAAAACAGCAGUGCUAACUUGGCGUCGCAGGGCUCACAGAAGCCGUCAAUGCAGCAUAUCCGUGCUGCCAACUCUCAGGGAAUAGAUGGUUCGCGGAAGAAAUCUCGUUUAUCUGUUUCAGGGGUACCUCCCAAUAUGCAGUCAACAGCACCUGUGACGACCAACCAACACUCCCGCCUCUCUCAGCAAACCAUGCCUCCUCAUCAACAAUAUCACCAGGAAAGCUCUUAUCAACAACAAGCGCCCUUCCCCGUUCCAGUUCCCGAUUCCCAGCUAGGUGAUCUAGACUGGAUCCCCAACUCAGACAUGCGUCUUUUGUCCGAGACUCAAAAUGGCAACGCACUAAAUGGCUUGGGCCAGAUUCCUUCUCCUCCCUUCCCCGAGGACCCCAGCAUGCUCUCCUCAGACAUCGGGGACAUUGAUGGAUGGUGGGCUUCGGAAAACUAUACGAGGACCUCAAUGCCGCCAUGA